GGCUUCACUCCGGGUUCUGUUAUAUCCGGUUCCUAUAUUCCUAUGUUCGUGACCCAUUCACGCUUGCAUUCCUGCAUUGUCCAACACUCGAUAAUAAAAUACUUUCCUGCGCAUCUACUUUACGCCCAUGCGGUGCUCGAUUGAGAAUCGUUUCUUCGCUAGCGGUGCUUACAUCUCUGUCUAGUACUGUCAAGAGUGUCAAGUUCAGUGCCGGUCUCGUCGUACCAAUUUCAAACAUGGCGUCGUUUUUAUCAGAUUACGAAUGAUGACAGUAUGAAAUAACCAACAAUAUUGUAUUACAGUGAAACAAUCAUAUGUAGCUUUAUCAUACUUACACGAAGAAGACGGAUUCCAAAUGGAUAGAUCAAUGAUGUCUGAACAAUCAGCUACCCAAAUACAGACGGAAACUGUUUUAGAGACGGAUGUCACUGAUUCUGGAUCUCAGGAUGUACCAACUGUUCGAUUACGACUCAGAAAACCAAAACCUAAUAAAAAGGUCCAGUGGACUCAGGGUACUGUGGAUAAUGAACAUAUGAAUAAAAAGAAGUCUAAAUGUAAACUUUCAUUCAAUAUAACUUAUCUAUGUAAUAUUUUAGGUUGCUGCAUUUAUGAAAAACCACGGACUUUUGGUGAAAGUAGUUCCGAAGAUAGCGACGACGAAUGUGAACAUUGUCAUGGACACAAGGAUAUUCAUAAAAAAAUUAUGCCGCACAAUGCAGAGACUUCUAAAGAAGAAGGGAUUCCUCCUAGUUCUGAAUCAAUAGUAAAAGCAUCUACAUAAAUACACUCGUGUCGCACUUUUUCCAAAUGAAGGAGGCGUUAUUUAUAUAUUUCUUGUGUCGAUGUUAUUUAAGAGAUGGAGAAUAGGUAUGCAAUCCAAUAUUCACAUUAUUUUUUUCUGCAUAGAAUGUUUAAUAAGAAGUAUGAUAUUAAAUUUUAAUUUUCAGAGUGAAUUACCAAUGGAUAUAUUACAAUUUUUAAUACAAACAUAAUAUCGGGAUUGAGAUCUUUACAUAAGUACUACCAGUCAGAUUUGCGGUAUUUAUAUUCUCGAUAAAAAGAAUAUUGGUAGGACAUAUCAUUAUUAUUAAAAAGAAAGAUAAGAAAAUAUAGACUUCUAUAACUUGUAAGGUCAACUGUUGUUACAUUGUGUAAUGUAUGCAUAGUAUAUUGAUUUAGAUGAUUUAUAACUAUUAAUAAUAAUUAGUGGUUAUUAAACAAUUCUAAAUGUAUAUAAACAUACAUCUUUUUGGUAUGAUUAGUAGAAAUACUCAUAGUUCCUAUGAUAAAGAGCAUGGAUAUUAUAUCUUAGCCAUUUUGAAUGUAUAAAAGUUAUCUAAGAAAUUUUACAUUAUUGUAAGUAUUAAAAAAGGUUGUUAAAGAAUUCAAAUACAUUAAAACAAAAUAUUUCUAAUGUAAAUUUUAACAAUUUCUGUAUAAUUUCGUAUUAUAUUUUAUUUAUCUGCUGUCUUUACAUUGUAAUCCUAAAUACUGCUUUGAUAGGUAUAUUGUUAAAUACUAGUAACAAGAAAUUGUUUUUUUUUUUAUUCAUUUUACAUUCUACUACAGUAAUAUUUGCUUACGUAUAUUUUCUUAUCAAUAAAGAACGUUAUUUUGAAUAACAUUAUAUUACAUUUAUAGUGGAUAUUAGAACAUUUAUAUAAUUCUAAUUUAAAGCAUAGUUCCUUAAUUUGAAUUCGUCUAAUUACAAUAGAAUAGUAAUUUGUACAAUUCUGAUGAUACACUAUACCUAUUAAUAAGAGUUUCUCUUUUCUUUCCCUAUAGAAAUAACGUCUGAAAUUAUUGUGCCAAAACACGGAACACAUUUUAGUUUUAUAUUCUGUGUAAAUUUUAACAUCGUACAAAGUCUAAGAAUGAUAAUUACCGAUUUAAUUUACAUUACAAAUACAUGUGUAAGUACCAUCAAAACUUAUUCUAGAUUAGUUUACAAAUAUCAGUCAAAAGAGUUACACAAAGAGAAAAUGUUGUCAAUUAUGCCAUAAAAAUAUUUAAAAAAUUCUCACUUUUAUGCCUUAUAAAUGUUUAGAAAUAUACAACUUAUCUUCGCAAGUUCUAAUUCUUAAGUACAUACGAACUAUGAUAGCGGGAUGGAAAAGAAUAAACUCACACAAAAAAAAGAAUCAGCCUCGCGAAAUUCAACUGUUUUUGUAUGCGCCUAUUAAAUUAUUAAACAAGAUAUAAGUAUUUUAACUGUAAUAAACAAUGUUACAUAAAAGAAUAAAUUUUUUCUGAAUUA